CUCAUUUACAACCUACCACAGCUUCGCUCUUUGCAUACCUUCUUGGAUAACGAAUAAUGUCUUCAGUGGCGCGCCGCGGUAGACCGAAGAUUCAUGGUCCUGAUGUUUCCAUCGACAAAACGUGGUCGGAUCUAGCGAACAACAUCCGCGAGAUACAGAACCACAAUGCACAGAACCUUUCAUUUGAGGAGAAUCACCGAUUUGCAUACAACAUGGUGCUUCACAAAAACGGUGCCAUGCUGUACAACGGUGUGAAAGAGCUGAUCACGGAGAAUCUGGAUCACCUUGCGAAUACCCAAGUCAUUCCCGUGUUCCCUUCGGGCGCUGGUGACGGGACGGUGCAGAGUCAGGAUGCCGAAGUACUACUGAAGGCACUGAGAAAUAUUUGGGAUGAUCACACGAGCAAUAUGGUCAGGCUUGGACAGAUUCUCAAGUACAUGGUACGAUCGGUUUAUACUAAGACCGCGCAAGUUCCAGAGAUAUGGGAUGCAGGGCUUGCGCUGUUUCUCGAACGCAUAUUCCGGCCGUUGAUCAAGGACCACCUUAUUACUGCCAUCUUGAACCAGGUCCGAUACGAGCGACAUGGACACACAGUCAACCGUUCUGCCAUCAAGGGAUGCGUUGAUGUCUUUGUCGCGCUCCAGGACUCCAGCAGCGGCAGCAUCUACAAGCGUGAUCUUGAGCCCGUUUUGUUGCGUGAGAGCCAACAGUUCUAUGAAGCCGAGGGUCACACCCUCACUCAAACUUGCGAUGCCUCGGAAUUUCUACUGCGUGUCGAAGCACGAUUUGAAUCCGAAGAUUCUCGGACACACCAUUAUCUUUCCCGGACGACCGCACCGGCACUACGCCAAAUCCUUCAAGACCAUCUAUUGACUGCACAUCUAGCCACCAUCAUUUCUAUGGAAUCAUCCGGGCUGGAUGCCAUGAUCGACUUGAACAAGAUCUCUGACAUAGCUCGUUUACACCGACUAUUUAUUACAGUCCCGGCCGGUAUGCCCUGUCUGAAGCGGGCCUUCAGACAGGGCAUUCGAAAAAGAGGAGAUGGGAUCAACCAGACGUCACUAGGUGAAGGGGAUGGUGGAGGAUCGAAACGUGUGACGUCUGGCGCCCAGACGCUACUACUCGCUCUCAAUUGGGUGCAAGAGGUGCUCAACUUGAAGGAUCUCUUUGACGUCAUCUGGAGAGAUGCAUUUGCAGCUGACAGAGAACUGGAAGCUACACUGAACGAGGCUUUUGAGUCAUUCAUCAACGCCAAUGAGCGCUCCUCGGAAUUCAUCUCGCUGUUCAUCGACGACAACCUACGUCGUGGACUGAAGGGGAAAACCGAUACCGAAGUGGACGCGGUACUUGAGAAGACGAUCACAGUGUUCCGGUACAUCACAGAGAAAGAUGUGUUUGAGCGAUACUAUAAAGGGCAUCUCGCCAAGCGGCUGCUCCAAGGUCGAUCUGUUUCGGACGAUGCGGAGAGGGGGAUGCUGGCGAAACUCAAGGUGGAAUGUGGCUACCAGUUCACCCAGAAGCUGGAGGGAAUGUUCAAUGACAUGCGGCUUUCUGAAGACACCAUGCGAUCGUACAAGAGCACUAGCUUGUAUUUGGACCACCCACCCAAGAUCGAAUUAUCGGCCAUCGUGAUGACCUCUACGUUCUGGCCGAUGACGCAAUCAACGACACCAUGCCAGCUUCCUUUGGAGCUGAUCGAGACUCUGCAGUCUUUCGAGAAAUUCUACCUCGCUCAGCACACUGGUCGUCGGCUUACGUGGCAGCCGACACUGGGCAGCGCUGACGUUCGCGUAACCUUCAAGGCGAGAAAGCACGACCUCAACCUUUCCACCAUUGCAAUGGUUAUUCUUCUCCUCUUUGAAGACCAGGGUCCGGAUGAUUUUCUCACAUACGAGGAAAUCAAACAGGCAACAGGCAUUGAGGACGAGGAAAUAUUGCAAAGGCAUCUGCAAUCACUGGCAUGUGCCAAGUUCAAGAUUCUCAAGAAACACCCCGCCAGCCGAGAGGUGAUCCCGUCGGACUCCUUCUCGUUCAAUGCAGACUUCACUUCGAACUUGCAAAAGAUCAAGAUCAGCACUAUCUCGUCCAAGGUGGAGAACACGGACGAGCAGAAGGAGACGAGGGAUCGGAUUGAGGAAGAGCGAAAGCAUCAGACCGAGGUGUGUCUGAUCUACACUUGGCUUGGGCUACUGCUGCUAAGCCGGACACAAUCAGGCCUGCAUAGUGCGGAUCAUGAAGGACAGGAAACACAUGACACACACGAUCUUGUCAACGAAGUCACUCGUCAGCUGGCGACUCGGUUCAAUCCCAACCCGCUGAAUAUCAAGAAACGGAUCGAGAACCUGAUCGAUGUGCGUGGUUUCCCCGGUUCUGGUGUAGCUGCCGACGACUGA